AGCGAACAUAGGAACUGAAAUUUGUCCAGUGCUACGGUACCACCGCCUCUAUCCUUGCACCAUGGAGGUAUGCGAUGAUCAAGUGCCGCCAAUAGAGGCUGUGUGAGCGUCAGUAGACCGUGUCGGACUCGUGAAGGUUUGCUGUUCUGUGGUAUCGAAGCGUUCGUUACGUAUAUAAGAGGUUCCACAUCUCCAAGUCGCCGCAAGGCCGUCCAUCCCGCUCUUAUUCCCUCUCGUCGACAUCCUCUGCAUCGUUAUCAUUCUCCAUAUUGACAGGCCACGUCUCGUGCACAUAAUAAUCACUCGUGAGCAGCUACAAUCAUGUUCUCAGACACUUGCUCAUAUUAGAACAUAAGCCACCUGAUCCUGCCAUGGCCGCUCCCAACGCAGCCCCGCCGAUCAAUAACCCUCAGCCUCGGCUUCCGCCAGAGGUCUGCGAGCGCAUCAUCGACCAUCUCGAUCCGAAUCGUUGGAGUGGGAAUAUAAGCAGAUGGACUCUGUUGAACUGCGCCCUCGUUUGCCGAGGGUGGUACGCAGAGAGCCGCGCGGUCCUUUUCGAUGAGCCCAUACUCUCUACUCGGAAAGAGGCGAUCGCCUGUGCGAGUUCACUGGCGCGGAUACCUCUCCUCGGUGCCCGUGUGCGACGCUUGCAGAUCAGGUUUUCGGCGCCCGAUGUGACAGGUCCGGAGUUUGCAUCGAUUCUCGUAAUGCUGGCAGGAAAAUUUCCCAAUCUGGCCUCGCUCAGCUUCUUCAACGUCAGCUUCGAGCAGUGCCCUAUUCGCAAUUUAGCGUUUUGGAGUCUGCACGAAUUCAGUCAUGUCACAUCGUUGGAGCUAUUUGGUGUGACGUUGCCAUCGGCGAUCCCCUUCUUUCAGGUCAUCUGCUCAUUUCCUCGUCUGCAGCACCUUCAGUGCCACGACCUGCGCUGG